AUGAAAUUUCCUGAAAAAUUAUGGCUUAUUGUCAAUGAUUGUGAUACUGGAGCCAUUGGAUGGGGCCUCUCUGGAGACACUAUUGCUUUAGAGUACGAUAAAUUUCAAGAAGAAUAUUUGGAUAAAGAUGUUGGAGUUUUUAAGACUAAUAACAUCGCAAGUUUUGUCAGACAAUUAAACUUGUAUGGAUUUCGUAAAUGUAACCGUUAUAAUGAUGAUAAACAUGAAUUCAAACAUCCAUUAUUUGUGAAAGGCAGAAAAGAUCUUAUACAAUUUGUCAAAAGGAAGCCUGGAUCGUCCAUAAGCUUAAAUUCUUCUGCUAGAACACCCAGACGUUCUAAAGUAAAGACGAACACAGAAUUCGCUCAAAGUGAAAAAGAAAAUGUACUGAAUGAUAAAUAUACAAAAACUGAAAGGAGCAUCUCGAAAAAAGAGGUAUCAAAGACUACACCUCAGAGGACUCCUUUAAGUUCCAGUCAAAGUCCUAAUAUGUUAAGUUCAAUGGAAAAUUUUUGGUGGAAUAACAUUUCUUCUCCACCACCAUAUCCAACCAACUUUUAUUGUGACAGAAGUAUCGCUGAUCAAGGCUGGUUUCCAGUGAAUGGGUCUUAUUACAAUUCUCAAACAUUUAUCAAACGUGAACCCAGAGAAUCUGAAGACGAUGAAACUAAAUUCUUCAACGAAGUAAACGUCAAUGAAAAUCAGUUUGCAUCUAAAAAUAACAGCAAUAUGUUUUACUUGGUUGUCCCUGGUUAUCCUUCUACUCAAAGUCAUGACAUGUAUGUUAAUCCAGGGUAUUAUGGUGGUAUGUUUCCUCUUCCAGGAAUGUCGAUAGGAUUCAAUCCAAAUUAUAAUAGAAGUGCUGAUUCAUAUUUAGAAUAA